GAACACAGACCAAAAACCACAGCGAACAGAAAAUAAUGUUUAUGAGGAUAUUGCACAAAUCGACAUAAAACUACCACCUCAAGAAAACGACGUAAAAAUACCACCUCCAGAAAACGACGUAAAAAUACCACCUCCAGAAAACGACAUAAAACUACCACCUCAAGAAAACGACAUAAAACUACCACCUCAAGAAAACGACGUAAAAAUACCACCUCCAGAAAUCGACAUAAAACUACCACCUCAAGAAAACGACGUAAAAAUACCACCUCCAGAAAACGACGUAAAAAUACCACCUCCAGAAAUCGACAUAAAACUACCACCUCAAGAAAACGUCUUUAAAGGACCACCACCAGGUAACGACGUUAAAAGAACACCGCCGAUCCCGCCAAGAUGCGCAGUGAAACAAUCAAAUGAUCGCGAAGCUCCUGCACAUGAAACUCACAUUUACGAGAACUUGAAAAUUUAA